AGGCUAAUGCUGGAGUCACUGCGGGUUGUUUUUUAUUAUGAUUAUUUUUAUAUUUUGCCUUGAAAAAGUGAUACUUUUUAGUCUGGACACAUGUAGACUGUGUACGACGUGUAAAGGAUGAGAAACUUCUGCCUGCUUGCAUGACUGAAAAAAGAUUUAAAGCCUCAAGGCACAAAGGAGCCUUUCAAAUAUGUGAACACCCUCCCCCAAAAUGCAAGAGGCAGAAAGCAUGAAGAGCUCAGAGCUGGAUUCCUCGCGUUGGUCUACUUAGUUUAUAAAACAAAGAAUAACUUGGAGUUGGUUUCAGUGCACUGAGCUUACUGCGGUGUGAAAGGGAUCCUGCUGGAGUUAGUGGUGACUUCCCACUGACUCCAGUGCGUGUAAGUUUUCCCCCUCUGUUUCUUAAAUAACUAAAGUAGAUGUCAGAGGGGAAAAUGCUGCUCCUCAUUUGCAAGUAGGACUAUUUGGUGCAUGCUUACAGCUCUGUGCAGUAGUUGCACGUCUGAAACGAGUUUGGCAAUGCCAGGAAAACAAUCUAGUCUAAAAUCUGCAGUUUCAUUGCUUCCACACUCAGCGUGCCUCAUCCUUUGUGCUGCCCUGACUCGCAGGGAAAGUCACCUCCUUUCGCCAGAGCCACGGGCUUGUGUUUCUGAAUGUUGCUUAUUCUGAAAUGGGGCUGUGCAAAAGGCCAAGCCCAUAAGAAGGUUAUAGAGUGGCUAUAACUUACAGCACUUGUGUCACUUCGGAGUUAACUUUUGAUGGCUCCUUGUAUUCGCUGAUGAAGUUUAUAUAAGUGGCAUUAUUUUAUAUGGAGGAACACCCCUAGCAUUAAUCCUAGAGAAUUUAAUCACCCAAAUUAAAACCUGUCAGCGCCUUAGCGCCUUGCUCCCUGUGCAGCAGGCAUGUAGCAAUGCAAUGCGAGUCCUGUGCUCCCCAUGCUCACCGUCUUUGCAGUAGAGAAAACAGAGCCCCAAAAGCCAAAGCAAAAAGAAAUUAAUGAAAAAAAAUUAUUAAAACACUGUCUGAGAGAGGGGAGCAGGGAAGCCGGGACGUGCUGGAGCUGGCUGCGGCCGGCCGGCCUGGUGAGUCAGCCGCCUCCACAGCGUCUGUUUGAAGUCCUGCAGCGAGGCCUAGCAGACAGGCCGUGGCCCUGCUCACCCUUGUGAUACCAUCUCAAAGGCAGGAGCCAGUAUAACCCCAGCAGCCUGCUUUUAUCUCUGGGGAGACACUGCGGAGAGCCCCGCGGGCCGGGCAGCUUGUCUCCUGGGAGAUGCCUGUUCUUUAUUUGAGAGGUUCUCCUUGAAGCUCCGGGGCACUUCAGGAGGCUCUCCUCGAAGCUCUCUGGUGCUGCGGGUUGCACCCAAGGGAUGACAGCUCUGAGAGAUGCGACAGAACAGGGUUGCACUGUGAAUCUCCUCUUCCUCAUUGCCAUCCACGGCCAUGGGUGCAGAGGAGGGAGGGGUGAAACCAGAUGUGCUCGGGGAAUUCAUAUUUCCAGUCCAAGCAUCUUUUUUUCAGUGUAUGUGUGAGGCAUUACAUUAAAAGGCACACACUCAACCCCUGUCUGCGUACUCAUUUUUAAAGUGUCUCUUUAUGUCUUGCAUUGCAAUCUAAUAGCAUUUCAGGCUCUAAUUAUUUAAAAGAUAUUCCAAAUUUCUUCUUCUUUACCCAGCCCUGUGCCUGGCGUGAGCUUCCCCUACUUUGUCCCUAUAAAAAGUGCAUGGUGGUGUGUUCUCUGCCCUCAUUUGGGACACUGUACUUUGGUGCAAGGGAACCCUCUGAUAUUAAACCAGUAAACCACGUGGAUGAUCUUGCAGCAGCAAAAUUAUGUUCUGUAGUUAUUAAUCACAGGAAAGUUACCACCCCUCCCUACCCCACAGCAAAACAAGUUAUGCUCGUAAAGCUUCUCCAGCACACCUAUGUGGGUCAGGUAUCACAUCUCUCCACCACUCUCAUCCACAUACUUAUGCAGCCUGCCUCUGGAGUAGAUUUUACUUGCAGCAGAGUAAUUAUUAUAUAGUUGGGCAGGCCAGCAUUUCCAGAUGCAACAACAUACUUCACUUCCACAUAUGAAACAGCAGUAUUUAAAACUCCUGAUCCGCCCUUGCAUGACCCAUUUGUCUUUACUCUCUCCUGCAUCAGUAGGGUGGAGACACGGACAAGCUGGUUCCUCCUGUCAUCCCAAUAACAGCGCCAGUCCGGCAUUUUAGAGAUGGCAGCCAGUCCACUUUUGAAGUCUUUUUUUGCUUGUUUGUUUGCUUGUCUUUUUUUUUUUUUUCCCUUGAAUAAAUUCAAAAGUAGUAUAGAAUUUUUUUGUUCCUCUUGCAUUGCUCCCAUCAUUCAGGAACUACUUUCUGUGUGCUGGCCUGUACAAAAGCUGACAGAUCUCUGUGGCAUCCUGGGCAAAAAGGCAUGAAGUCAUUCUUUCUUGUGCUAAGGCAGCAGUCAGCAGUGCUGCCUCUGUACCCUAUUUGUUGGAACAGGUCUAAAUGCCACUGCUCCAAAUGAUUGCAGGCUAGUAGUUAAACGUCUGUUUUGAAUAGAAAUAAGGGAACAAAACCAGUUCCAGAAGUGCUAAUGCUAUGUAUCACAGGUUAGAAUUUAUUAAAAAAAGAAAAAAAAAAAAAAAAACCAUGGAUUUAGUGGUCUUGAUUGCCUUCCAUCAUGAAAUAUCAGUUCUUGUAAGUGCUGUUGCACGGUAGAACUAGCAGUCUAGCAAUCUCACAUCGUAGCUGAAAGUCACUUGUUCUUUUUGCCAGGCUGUAUCUAAAGACAUAAAUACAUUUCUUUCAAAACUGUGUUUAUUCCUCAUUUGGCAGACUCCUUGUUUUCCUGCAGACCCCAUUCACAACAUGUUUGCAAAUGUUCUAAGACAGCAUGUUUUAAGAUAACUGAUGCUAGCGAGUCCUUAGUCCUGUCUGGCACUACAGGUAGAUGAGAACUAAGCUAAAAAUCCUAAAUGAGAUAAAAAUUCUCAGCAAUAAACUGAAAACUGAAAAUCAAGUUCUCCAUAAUAAUUAUUUUAAAAGCUUGCGGUAUUGAAUGGAGAAUGUCUCGUCUGUAUUAAAUUUUCACUAUUUUAUUUUCCUCAUCCUGUAGCAGGAAGAUGGUUAUUAAUCCCUGAAUAAAAAGUAGAACCUGGGCUGUUGACAUCUUUGUUAAGCUCCGUAGAUUUCUGAGCACCUCAGAAAACUGAGUCAAAAUCAGAUUUUUGAAAAUGCCUUUUGAGUAUGAGGCACAUUUAAAUACUUCUUCCUUUCUGUAAGAGGCGUGUUAAUAACAAAAGGUCAAUGUGUUAGGAGCACAAGGCAAACAUCUAGCUGCAUGAAAACAGCUGACAAGUGCUAAUGUUCAGUAAUCUCAUCUGAUAAAACUGUGUGGAGGGAGUAACUGCGUAAGGAUUUCAUUAAAAGAAUGUGCAGCUGGUUUUUCUGGCUUUCCAAAUGCAGACUGUGUUCCCAUAGGCUGUGCCGGGCAGUCAUCGUGCUCUGAUUUCCCUCAGAACUUCAUUCUGGCCUUGGCAGCUGGUUCUGCUUUUGACCAUCAAGCUCCUUUGGCAGGGUUGUGUCCAUGGAUGUGGCUGUCACUGAACACGGCAGGCAGCUGGGCCACAGGGCUCUGAGCCUGGGAUAAGGCUGGUGUUGGUGUUGUUGGACAUCAGGCAGACAAAAGCUCUCUCAUCAUGUUUUGCUUUGGAUAUCUGAAGAAUGAGAGAGAAGGCUGCAGGGCUGAUAGAGGGAAGCAAUGCAAAUUGCUGAAAACAAAGGAACAGGAGUUUCAAUUUUGUACAAAUGUGACGUGAAAAAUCACACCAGUGCUAACACUGUUAUGCCUAAGGACAUUAUUCCAUUCAUACGCAGGAUCAUGCUUUUAAUGAGCAGGUAAAAGUAGUUGGCAGGUAAAUGGCAUAGUCAUGGAAUAAGUACUACCUACUGUGGAAUUGAAUUCUGUAUUUUUGUGUCUAAAGCACACAUGGCAGAGUCUAACAUUACCAGGAAACCAGGGCUGACAUUAACCUGCCCCUGGGAAGACAGGGGGAAAUCAGUAUAGGGGUUAUGGAAGACAGGCUUGGCACAGCAAGAAGAAAAUUAGGCAGAAAAGUGAAUGACUGACCGGUGAGUCAGUGAUAUUUUGCUGGGUUUAUGCAUGUGUUUAUUUUCUAGGUGUGAUAUCUGAAUUAAACAUUAGAUAGACCUAAGGGUUGGAUACAUAUGUGUACUGCUGAAUGUUCUCAGCCACUGAGACACACGGACACAAACACCACAAGAAACAACAUUAAAAAAGCCCAUUAAGGCUGCAAAGUCAGACUGGAAAGUACCAAGUGCUGAAAUUAUGACCAACUGAGCAAUCCUAUUUCUGGCUUUCUUUGUGCUUAUGCAUCAUAACCCGGUCUUUAAUUACAUGGUAACAGAUUUAUUUAUUUUUUCCUAUAGGGCACCAUGCUUGGUCAGUGUGUAGGACGGACAGCAUGUGCUCUCUAAGAGAGUAAUAUGUCCCAAUUCAAUGCUUGCCUUGCCUUUUUUUACUAUAUGCUGUCCUGCCCCAGCUCUGAAGGAGCGUCCUGUGCAGCUCUUCACCACCACAUGUGAGUUUUUCCCAACAUCAUCCAUCUAGCUUUCACCUCUGAGAUGUGACACAGGUGAUAAAACAGCAAAAGCCAAACACCAUCUGCCUGUUAUGGGGUCUUCCACUGUAAAUGCCAAAAGACUGCUUGGUAUUGUGCAUUCAGGUACAGUUCCCAUUGACUUCAGCCACAGCUGUGCAUACUCAGUCCUGCAUUUCAGACUUCCAUGAAGCCAAGGCCCUUUGUUCUGAAAGAAAAGAUCAUGCAAAUAAGGGUCAUUAGGUUUAAAUGUGGGCUGAAGUGAUUUGCCUGAAAUUUUGUGACUGAAGCCCAUAUGGAAAUCAGUUUCCCGUAUAGGCUUCAAUGGCUUCAACCAUCACACCAUAAUUUCUCUUCCUGUAAUCUUCUGGCUCGCUCAUUUUGUAGCUCCCAACUUUUACAACAGCUGGAGCAGGAAUCCAGUAGACGCUCUGUUGCGACUCAAAGCCAGGCUUAUUAUUUUUCUCUCAGACUGAUAUCCAGUUGGAUGAUCAGCCUGGGUGGGAUGUUUGGUGCUCAGCUCUUCAUCCUUAGCUCUUUAUAUAGCCAUGGCAAACUGAUCUCUUCCAGCAAGUGCUCAUUAAGGAGAGUACAGUCUGGUGCCUGAAUACCCUAGGCCUCCUGCCUGAGUAACCCUGUCAGGCCCAGUAGUUCUCCCUGUAGAUAGUUCUCAGUCUUAGUUUCUCCCCAUCUUUCCUCUGAGGUUUUUGUGCCAAUUUGCUCCCACCCCCAGCCCAGCUGAAGGCUUGUCUCCCCUGCACUUUGAAUGCUAACACAGGAGAUCCCAAGCAUCUCCAGCAUGUCCUUUACUUCUGGCAUCUCUUUUGGCAUGACUCCUACUGGCACCAGGAUGGGCUGAUGGUCUACUGAGGCUGAUCACAGCCCUGCUCUACCAAGAGGGCAACUGGUGAGCCAUUAGUUCUAUACCUCCCACUGUCCUCUCUUCCUAUAGUGCUGCCUGGCUGCCAUGGGUGAGAUCUGAGGUCACUCUCAGACCUCCUUCUCUCAUCCUCUUAAAUAUAUAACUUGGCUGCCAAGUCGUAGGUAUGUACUUGGCAGCCUGCAAUAGCAACUGGAAACAAAACAUACACAAUUGUGUGUUAAAAAAAACCAACAACAGGAAACUGCAGAGAGCAAAGUCAAAGCUGAAUUUUCAGGGUGAUAUGAGGCUCUUGCUUAUCUUGGAUUAAAUUUAUUAGCAUGGAUAAGCCUUUAAAGAGUACCUGCUGGAGAACAGAUGCAUUAUGCGGACGGCUAUGGAAAUAGGGGGGAAGUUGGGGACAGCAAGCAGAUUGUUUCAUGGACAUUUUAUUUCCCUACAUUGGAUUGUUCCUGCGCUCUUCUGUGUGCUCACGAACACUGAACAUCAUGAACACAUUGCAGUGCUGCUUUCAGGAGUAUUUUCCAUCGUUAGAAAGUAUUGCAAAAAUGAAUGAGGACAUCUAUAAGAGCUGAAAGCAGGAAAUAUUCUUUCUGCCUUUCUGAGCUGACUUGUCUAAAAGUCUUAGAUGAGGUAUUUUCAUAGCUUCAAAGUGCAUUUUUCUAGAUUGUGGCUGUUUUUUUACCUUUUAGCUGAAGGGAUCUGCUGAAAGGUGUGAUCCUCUCCCCAUUGCUUCCUCUUUAUCUGUAUUGCCUCUGGCCCCUCUCUGACCCACCACUGAACUGACAUGGAGCGCUAACUCAGCAGAAAGCAUCUCGUUUAUUUUUGCUGGGUUACUGUUUUGACAGUUUAGGGAACUGCCUUGCUAUGCGACAGAGAAGAUAAAGAAUCAACAGAGAUAAAUGGUGGUAAAAGCUGGAUGAGAGGAAGAAUGCCUCUUCCAUCAGCAGUUAGCUAUUAGGCUGGCUUAGCUGUAACACAAAACCUCAUCCUUCUCUUGACUUGACUUCUACUGGCAGGGAGUGCUUUUGUCAACAAGACUUGUACCGGUUUGGGGUGCAAUCCAAGCAGUACCAGGUGUACACAACAAUUCUGUUCCACUGUGAAUGACCUGUAUGAGAGAUUUUCUGCUUGCACAGCAAUGCUUCAAAGCAUCCCAAACAUCACAAGUCCUCCCUCAAACCCACGACAUUAACCUGCCUGAGCCUAUGGGAAUUAUUUCCAGGGGAUCUCACAAACCAUGAGCUCUUUGCACAGAGGUGUGGGACAUGUCAUGGGAGACUUGUGACUUUGUAGAUACACUCUGAUAUCUCAAAAAUCCCAAGCUAAACUGUGUUUAACACAGAGUGUUGUACAGACAACGGUGUCAUUAUUGGGGGUGAACUGCUGCCCACGUUGUGUCAGUGACUAGGAGCACCUCUGCAGCUCCCUACCUUCAGAGGGAAAUGAGAGCAAGGCCCAAAUGAGUGACGCUGAGUUAUUAACUGCACAGAAAACACUUAUUUUCCCUGUUUCAUCCAAGAAGAUUCCCAGGGAGGCUGUGGGGCGGAGGUGGGAAGGAGCAGAGUGCACAGGCCACAAGUCCCCAAGCUGGAGGAGACUUUGUGUGCCAGGUUCCGCAGCUCCUAGGGGACAGCUGGCUGUUUCCAGGAUACUGCUGUAAACAGGGCCACCUGAGCGCCCAGCCAUGCUGCAGACAGGUACCAUGACCUCGACGAUAAAGCUAACUUCAGGCGUGUGGUACUGGAAAGAUGACACCAACACACUUGAAUUUGCAAGCUCCAGUCCAGCAGCCGAGGAGAACCUUAAGGAAGGAAAAAACGCUCACUUACAGGAAAUAUGUGUCAAGACAUUAAAGAGCAUUUUCCAAGAUGAAUGCAGUUCUGCUCUCCCUGAAAAAAGGCUGGCUGGCAAUGAGGAAAAAAUUCAUAAGCUGUCAAAGUGGAUAAAACAUGAAUAUGUCACACUGGAUGAUGUCAAAUAUCUUGCUUUCCUUUUGAGAGAAGAAAAUGAGCCACAUCGCAUGCUACCAUUUGCAGCAGUUAUGGGGAAUAAGACACUGGAUGAAUUCCUCAUGGCCCUGCUUUUCUACAUGUCAUUUUACCUGGAAAAAAUUGCCCUGGAAAAGAAAACCCAGUCCUUGAUUUUGUCUGUGAUUUUUCUGGAAAAUAAAGAAAUGGACGAUGUGUUGGCGAAGUUAGCGGUGGCCAAGAUUUACCUUGCCAAGGUUUACAGUAACCUUGUCCUUGAGAGAGGCACAGCACAGCAGAGCCGCACGCCUCGUGGAAAGAGAAAAACAUCCUUGCAGAAAGAUCGGAACUUCUUUGAGGGCUUCUACAACUUCUGCAGCUACGUGACUUGGCUUGUGUUCAGACGGAAGCAUUUCCAAGUGAUUCGGGAAGAAAUCGGCAGGCUCCUUUGCUCCGACAUGUUCAAUCUUGCCUUAAGAGACAGGCACCGUGUUUCUUUGCAGGAUGCAGCUGACCAGACUACCGAUGCAAAUGCAGUGAUAUUACCAUGUCAGAGACAAGUCUGUGCCAAGCAUCCACCCAUAAACAGCAUGGUUCACCAGCACUCGCCUGCACUUAGCACACUGCUGCCCUUACCGAAGGAGCGUGCUCAAUACCGCGCCCAGAGCCACUACUGUCGGGGCAGGGGCCAACAGCCCUGCUCAUGUGACAACCUACCAGACUUCUCAGAAUUGUUCACUACCAAGGUGGGCAUCAUUGGAACUCACUGUAGUGAGUUAAAUUCCUUUUUGCUCCAGUCUGAUGAGACAACUGAAGAGGAAGAACAAGACCAGGAUCAAGAACAGAGAGAAGAACAAGGGAAACUAAGGAGUCAUUCCUUUGUCCUGACAAAAGAUCUGAGUUUAUCAGCUCUGUGAAGUCCCCAGAAAGGCUUAGUGGAGGGAGCGCUGUAUUCUCAAGAGCAAUGGCAGAAGGUGAUCGUAACCAGAACAACUAGCAGAAGUUGAGUGGCAUGGUUUCACAUUGCUAAGUAAAUAAUUUUGAAAUUGCAGCUUAAAAAGCCAAAAUCAUUUAUCAGAGGUGGGGUUGUUUAACACACAAGCAUCUGCAUGGGAGACUGAAGACCUAGACUGUAAUUCCUGGUUCUGUCAUUAACUAUUCCUCUUUUAUCUUAACGCCUCCUUCUCACUGUUUCUGAGAAGUUAUUUUACUGACUUAUUUUGGGAAGUGCUCCUGCAGAUGAAUAUGAUUAUUGAUUUUAAUGUCAGCCUUCCUUUUUUUUAAAGGAUUAGCAAAGUAACCAGGAGACGUGGCUUACUAUGGCUUAAAAGUUCCUGAAACUGUCCUUUUAAAGGAACUUGCUCUUGAAUCUUUGAUAUAUUGCUUACUCCUUUCUUAAUUUCUAUCACCUCUCAUCUAGUUCUAGUAUUUUGUAGCCUAGUUUGGUUGCCUAAUUUAUGGCUCACUGUGAAAAGAGUAUAGCAAAGAGGAAUCUUCAUAUACAUGAUGUGAAAUGGUGCACUCUUUACUCAGAAUUAACAUUUCCAAGUUUUACAUUUGCGUUCAUGUUGGGCAGACAGGUUAGUGCUCUUACGAUCUUAAAAAUGGUGGCAAGGCCUUCAAAUGGUGCUUUGGUUGCAGGUUUCCUGGGAGUCUGGUUGGGCAACAGCAUGUCCAACUGUCUCUUGAGGCAGCACAAGCUACUCCUGGAUGGUACAUACCUGGCUGGACAUGCAAGAGGCAAUUGUACUAUCGCUGCCCUACAGCAACAUGGUUUCUCUACUGAAUGAUGCAGCAAGAUGUUGGCCAAUACCUGAAGCUAAGGGAGGCUACUUCACAGCUUCCUUCUCUUGGUGUUGGGAGAAACUUUUCAGUUUCUGCUCUAGGAGGCCUUGGCUUGGUCUCAGUUACCUUUGUCUGCAUCUGUAUCAUGCUGUAUGCACACUCUGAGUAAAACCUGAUGGUCCUUGUGAGUUCUGCUUUUAAGACACUGCGAUAGUAAGCCAAGUCCUCAGUGAUGGCUUUGGGCCAUCUAACAACAGCCUUGAACUUUCUAGAAAGGAUUGAGAAAUACUUUGAAGUUCAGGUCCUUUAGUCAGCAGAGCCCUUUCCAGGGUUGCCUUCUCAGGGCUGAGUGUCUGCUUCUUCUGAGGCAAUGGACGUCUAACACAGACACCCCAUACCUGUUUAAGCAUGUAAGCAAGGCCUGGCAGCCUUUCACACAUGACAGUGAGUCAUCCUUCCAGCAGGAGAGAGUGAGUCAGAAAGGGCAGUUGACAAGCUUUAUUUAUCGGUCUCCUGUUAUUUGGCUGGGGAGAAUUUUGCUCUGGAAAACCCACCCUUGUUAAUGACAGGCAGAGCUCAUAAGUGUAUCAUGCGACUACUGGCUUUUAUUCCCAUAGGCUUUGCAUGCAGUUUGAUUAUCAGGAAGUCACGGCAGAUUGGCCAUUUCCAUGAAUUUCUUUUUUUAAAGGGACUCUGAGCAUGCCAGCUGUAUCAGAACUUGUCCAACCUAGGGUUACCAUUAACAAUACAAAUUCAAAUGCCCCCAAGUGAUGAAAAGAGCCGGGGGUUCUAUGCAACAGCAUUUAUUGAGUUCCCAUUUACUUUCUUCUCUUAGGGCUGAUCUGCUCAGAACUGUAAUUGAAUGCUGCUAGCAUUGCCUAGUGUCUUGAUUGGCUUUUGAUUAUGGUUCUGCCACUCACAGGCUCCAUAUAGGGUGUGUCAGGCUUUCCAGUGUACGUGUCUAUUUUCAGAAGUUAUAUUGCCCUGUUGUAGAAAUUCACACCAAGAAGAAAGUUGGCAAGAAAAUUUGCAACUCAGAGAUGGAAAAAGAAAUGGAAAAAAAAAAAAAAAAAGUCUGCCUGAUGAUUAAUGAAGGAAACCCUGCCCUGAGAGGUUUCAGGCUUUGUGCUUAGGAGAGAGGUGGCAUUGCAGAGCAGGGAGAUCCACCAAGAUGUGUAGUUUUUUUGUGUCAUUUUGUGUAGUUGAGGUAUGGAAAGAAGCAAUGUAGGCUUCAUCCAUUCCACUUUUGUUCUGGAGGGGUUCAGAGCGGUAACUCAUGAAGGCAGCACUCACAGCAGCAAUGCUACAGGGCUCAGCAGUCCGAGCCAACGUGGCAGGGCCUGGAGCUCUUGCAAGUUCAUUGUGGUCCCGUUGGUUUGUCUUGUUCUGCUAGGGGCUGGUGUCUGAUAUACAGGGAAAAAGCAGUCUGAGCCUGCUUGCUUUCCUCUGCAAGAAAGAUAGGCCAAAAGCAGCACUUCAUCAGCAAAUAACAGGUUUUGUCCAUUUUUUAUGUGGAUUCGUACCUGCAUUCAUGCAGUUAAAUUUGCUGCACAGGAGAAUAACGCUUCCAUAUGCCUUUGGUAAUAUGGCUUUUUGUUGCUCCCAGCCAAGUGGGGACUUAACAGAUGCUGCAGUGGUGAAAGGCACCAUCUUGUUUCAUGGUCCUGCCGGUGUCCCUCCUCUGCCUGGGGUCCACCAUUUUACUCCAUCUCCUUUGCCCUCUCAGCUAGACAAAAGGUUCAGGGAUCCUUGACAGAGCUCUGAAGAUGUUUCUCAUUACUUCUGUUUGUUCUGCUGCUCAUCUCCCUCUCAAAGCCAAGCAGCACCUACCAACCAGCCAGCGCAGGAGAAAUAGCAGCUCCUUUGUGCAGAGAGCCGACACCAUCACCUUAGUUGCUCCUCACCAGGGGAUGGGUGUGAUGCUUGUGAUGCCUUUUUACCUCCAGGUGUGCUGGGGGAAAGAGAGCGGCGGUGAGACUGGAAACUGAACCGGGCAAUGAUUUGCACUACGAGAGGAAGUUGUCAGUCUGGAUUUUCUUAAGCAAGGCUUCCAAACGGUGGUAGCAUGUGCUCCUGCACUGGAUGGGGCUAAAACCUUCACCUUACAAGCAAACCACACUGGAAGUAUCAUGCACCAGUUAUGGUUCUUUUGGCUCAGGCUAUAUCAGAAUGUUUGUGGUGAGAUUUCUACAGUUUGCAGCAAAAAUAAAACAAACUGCAAUUCACAGAAUGUGGAGAUAUUCUUACUCUGGCUCAUCUUCAUGUGAGAAAGCUUGAAAGAACAGUCUGUAAUUAUCCUGUCAUCUGUUACAGCCCUUCUAUUUGGAAGAGAUAUGAUAAUAUUAAUGCAAUGUAUUUCUUGGUGUCAUUAUUUACAAAACAAUAAAUAGUCUUUUUCCCUUUUCCUUGAA